UGAUCUCAUUCAAUGGACUCUCUACUAAACAGUAUGCACUGGCCGAUUCUGGAGCAACCGGAUACUUGUAUAUCGAUGCUGCAACAGCGCUAGACUUGGUUAAACGAUUAGGCAUUCCGAUCAAAACACUACCACAAGCGAUCCCAACUGUUGGAUACAAUGGUGAGGCAGGCAGGCCACUGCAACAUUACAUCCAGCCACACCUGUGGGUAAAUGGACGACGAUUCCUGAGUGAGCCGAUGUUGAUCACUCCACUCGGGAACCACGAAAUGAUUAUCGGCAAAGCAUGGUUGGCUAAACGAGACGUCUGGUUAGAUUGUGCUGAAAACAAGUUGCGAUGGCCAGAAGAGCGAUCAAUUAAAGAGACAAUCCAGGCCCGUGGCCAUAUAUUUCUCCCCCGGCAGAUCCUCAAGCGACCACUCCCUGACCCAUCCCAUCAAGCGGACAUGGAGCGUCGGGAACGGGCAUUCAAUGCUCCAAUCCCGCGAGAAGCGCAAACCCGUCGUGACAAUUUAGCAGCGUGCCAUCCAGCAAUCAUAGAGAUCGCGGUAAUCGGAGCUGCAGGAUUCAACCGGCACACCCGCAAAGGGAAGAGCGAGAUCUGCGUAGUAACCCUUCAGCAGAUUGAAGAGGUCAUCGAUAAUCGCCUCGCGAUACUUGACCCCCAAGAAGCUGUUGACUUACGGGGGAAGAUCCCCAAGGAGUACCAUGAUUACCUCGACGUUUUCUCCAAAAAGGCUUCUGACCAGCUCCCACCGCUGCGUGAAAAGAACCACCGGCUGACUCUGGACCCGGAAGCGUUACCGGGCGAGACUAUUGGCAAUGGACCUCUUUACAAGAUGUCUAUCGAAGAGCUGGAAGCAGCUAGACAGUACAUUAUAGAGAAUCUUGACAAAGGGUUUAUCGUCCCUAGUGGAGCACCGUUCGCGUCUCCAAUCCUGAUGGCCAGGAAACCGGAUGGGGGCCUACGGUUCUGCGUGGACUACCGUCGAUUGAAUAGUAUUACGCAGAAGGACCGUUACCCGCUCCCGCUAAUCGGUGAGCUCAUGGAACGCUUGACCGGUGCUAGAAUCUUUACCAAGAUUGACAUCCGACAGGGGUUCCACCGUAUCCGCAUGGAACCGGGACAGGAAGACCUUACUACGUUCAAGACGCGAUACGGGAACUACAAAUAUCAGGUUAUGCCCUUCGGACUGACGAACGGCCCAGCCACGUUCCAGAGAUAUAUGAAUAGUUUGUUCAUGGAUAUGCUCGACCGCUAUAUAACAGUUUUCAUGGAUGACAUCCUGAUUUUCAGCAAAAACGAAGCCGAACACCGGAAACAUGUGAAAGCAGUAUUAGAACGCCUUCGUGCAGCAGGCCUCCAAGCCGCGAUUCACAAUCAGAUAGCCCGACCAUUGAACGCAUUAACCAGACGAUCUGUUCCCUUUAUUUGGGAUGACGCCUGCCAGGAAUCUUUCGAAGAGUUACGGGCACGAUUGAUAUCGGUACCGCUUCUACGGCAUUACGAUCCAGGCCUGCCUAGUCGGCUAGAAACAGAUGCUUCAGACGAGACUAUUGCAGGUGUUCUCUCUCAGGAGUUCAAGGGAUCUUGGCACCCGGUUGCCUACUACUCUAAGUCUAUGUCAGGUCCCGAGCGCAAUUACGAUAUUCAUGACAAAGAGAUGCUGGCGAUCAUUCACGCUCUAGAAGAAUGGCGUCCGGAGCUAGAGGGACUGCAACGAACUGACCGGUUUAAUAUCCUCUCACGGAAGGACUACUGCGGGGGGACUGCUGAUAGCCACAAUAUCCAACAGAUGAUACCGGAUGAGGCCCUGGAGGAAGCCAUCCGUGACGAACGUGCGCUAACCACGCAGCUCUGCGUUCUCGAGAACCUAAAGGGGAUCAAGAUCGUUGACCAAGUGCUAGCCGCCAACCGAUCUGCCCCCUCACUGGAGAGCCAGCGUGCCCAGGCACAGGAGCCAAGUGAUAACUGGUCGUUACAGGAUGGACUACUCCUGCACCGAGGACGUCUGGUAGUUCCGGAAGAAGAUCUAGAGCUGCGCACCCGACUUCUAGAGGAAAUAUACAGCCAGCGCUCGACCGCUCACCCAGGACGCAUGAAGACCCGUCGCCUUUUUCAGCAAAGAUUUUACUGGCCGGGAUGGGGUCGAGAUAUAGACCGCUACAUCCGAAACUGUCAGUGUCAAGCAGAUAAGGUCCCUAGAGACAAGACCCCCGGCCUGCUUCAAUCGUUACCGGUUCCCGUUCGGCCAUGGCAGCACAUCUCUAUGGAUUUUAAAGAGUUCCCAAAGGACAAGAGCGGAUUCGAUAUGGCCUUCGUGGUAGUAUGCCGAUUAAGCAAGCAACCAGUGUCAGUUCCCUGUCAUAAAAAGAUCGGAGCACGGGGUAUGGCACGCCUUUUUAUUGAACAUAUCUACCGACACUAUGGGGCACCGGAUUCUGUUGUCUCUGACCGGGGACCGCAGUUUAUCUCUGAAUUUUGGCACGAAUUCUGCCGAAUCCUGGGUAUAGAACUGCGGCUCAGCACAGCUGGACAUCCGCAGACAGAUGGUCAGACUGAGGCAAUUAACCAGCAUAUUGGGAUGCGUUUACGACCAUUCGUGAAUCACUAUCAGGAUAAUUGGGGGGAGCUACUGCCAAUGUUGGAUCAUGCUGCCGCUAUUCUGGUCCAAGAGUCAAUACAGAUGACGCCCUUCGAGGUAGUGCUAGGGUACCAGCCCCGGACCUCGUUUGAUUGGGAUCGACCUGUUGAUGAAGCUCCGGUCCCGGCCCGAGUUCGCUUGGAACGGGAGGACGCACUCAAACAUGUUCAGAUACUGCACGAGGGAUGGGACCUUGCCCGCCAGCAGAUGGUAACAACUCAGAAGAGACAAGCUGUUCAAGCUAAUAAAUUCCGCCGGGAGCCAGAUUUCGGAGUUAAUGAUAAGGUCUGGCUAUCUAUGGAGGGAUUGAGCACAAGUCGACCAAGCAGGAAACUGGAUCACCAGAGGCGUGGACCUUAUAAGAUUACGGCACAGAAAGGACACGCAUUUAAGCUGGAUCUGCCUCCGGAGAUGAGGAUCCAUGAUAAUUUCGCACCGGAUCGUCUCAGAUUAGCUGCAGAUGACCCAUUGCCCGGCCAGCGACCCCCAGUGACGGAACCGGUAGAGAUACACGGUGAAAAUGAAUGGGAAGUUGACGAGAUCGUGGCAAGCCGACUCUACUACAAAAAGCUGCAGUAUCAGGCCAAAUGGAACAACGCAGAUGAUGACCCGACCUGGUAUCCGGCGAGCAACUUUAUCGGCUGUCCACAUUUGGUGCAGGAAUAUCAUCGGCAGUAUCCGGACAAGCCGGGACCCCCGAGACGUCUAGGCGCCUGGUUGGAGGCAUACAAUGGGGAGGAAGAAUUCGAGAUUACGCGAGAGGAUAAACUGCCGGUUUGA